GAACAGGUUAACGUCACGUGUUGGUAGCGACAUCAGUGUUACCUGAUGGCACUUUGUACAAACGUCACAUUGAUGAGUCGCCUAAUCGCAAAGUUUUUUGUGGCCUGAUUGUUUGAGUUGAUCGAGCACAAUAACACAACCUGUCAGCAUACGGUAGACUAAAAGAACUGCGCAAAACGACAGGUGACUUCUGCCUAUCAACGCGUUGCUCGUUAGCGAGGAGUCCGUUUGAAAAAUGUCGCAAUGCGAGUAUGUAAAAGGCGACACGGAUCCGGAAUCGCUGGUUCCCAUUUUCCAGCCGGAUGCGAAGAUUCAAGAAAAGCUGAACAUCCUGGCUGCUCACUUCACCAAGAAAUACGAUGUUCAACCUUCGUUCAUCGUCAGAGUCCCAGGAAGGGUUAAUUUAAUCGGCGAGCACAUCGAUUAUUGCGGGUACGCCGUUUGUCCGAUGGCCAUCGAGCAACACAUCCUCGUAGCCGUUUCCGUCUCGUCGACCAGCGAAAUCCGCCUGACCAAUCUGAACCCGAAAUACAAGGAUUUCCAGUGCGACAUCAAAGACCUAAGUGGUUGCAUCGAGGAUGCCGGCGAGGGACCGGUCUGGUACAAGUAUUUCCUCUGCGGCGUGAAAGGAGCCCUCGAGAUCAUCCUGGAGAAGGGCAACGUCCCCUCGGGAAUCCUAGCUACCGUUUGGGGAAACAUUCCUCCUAAUUCAGGGCUCUCGAGCUCGAGCGCACUCGUCUCCGCCGCUCUUCUUCUGACCGUGCACGCCCAUCAGCGCCAAUUGUCGAAAACUGUUCUGGCUGACAUCAGUGCGAGCGCUGAAAGGUACAUAGGCACGCAGGGCGGCGGAAUGGAUCAAGCUAUCGCGUUCCUUGGGAAAUCUGGUUCCGCGAUGCUGAUCGAAUUUAACCCGGUGCGCGGUACGAAUAUCACUCUACCGGAAACCGCGGUGUUCGUAAUAGCGCACAGCCAGGCCUGUCACAACAAGGCCGCCAGUUCCGAUUUCAAUUUAAGGGUUGCGGAGUGCCGACUAGCUGCCCAGAUAAUAGCAAAGAAACGAGACAAGAACUGGGAGAGCGUGCGGAAAUUAGUCGACGUACAAAAAGCACUCGGCCUCACCGUCGCCGAAAUGGUUCCUGUGGUAACCGCUGACCUUCGCGCGGAACCAUAUACCUUAAACGAGGUCUGCGAGAUUUUGGGUACGACGAUCGAGAGACUGAAGGAGGUCUCUUCGGUGGGAGCCUUCAGCGAAUCGCAGCGCUUCGAACUGAGGCAACGCGCCUCGCAUGUGUAUCAAGAAGCGGACAGAGUGGUGAAAUUCCGGCGCGUGAGCGAGGACAACGGCAUCGCGGAAGAGGAGAAGCUGCGACAGAUGGGCAGCCUGAUGUCUCAGAGCCACGCCAGCCUGCAAAAACUCUACGAAUGCAGUCAUCCCGAAGUCGAUGCACUCGUCGAGAAAGCCGUCAACUGCGGUGCACUCGGCGCUAGAAUGACAGGAGCCGGGUGGGGCGGGUGUAUAGUGGCCAUCACGACCAAGGACAAGGUUUUCCAAUUUCUGGACGCGUUGAAGAAGGAGCUCGCACUGGAUGGGAUAAAGGAUGGAUUCAAGCUGGACGAUCUGGUCUUCCCAACGGAACCGAACCAGGGAGCAGUGAUUUAUACGAUCUAGUUUCCAUGUCCAUCCGUCGACUCGUUUUCUCUUCUUUCAAAUCCUUUUCCCCCGCCGCCUUUAUUCUCGCGUGCAACUCAGGAAAUAGAAAAUAUCGCUAAUCUUUAUACGAUGCCUACUAAUCGACAACGAUUAGACUGCGGAUCUUUCAUGGGAAUUCAGUGCUGUCGAGGAAACUAGGUAGAACUGAAUUGCUUCGAAAACUGUAUCCUGUUGAUUCGCGCCAGUGGGACCAGUGGUAACGCAUUCCAAACUUCGCGGUUUACAGUCAACGCGGAUAACGAAACUUGCUUAACACGUAUGUUAUAACAGGAAAACAACAGAAAUAUUUUGUCAGUUUAUAAAACGGUCAUCGAAAAUACACAGAGAUGCGCAAAGCAAUGUUUAGCAGGAAUCGAGUGGUA